AUGUACAACGGCGACCUGGGCGAGCCGGGGCUGACCAACGGCGGAAGCGAGCGCCACAGGGCCGUCCUUCCUCUCUUUCCCGAAUUGCCCCUGGAUCCUUUGCCGGGAAACCCCGUUCCUGUCGGAGCAGCAGACAUCGGAGCGGGCCCGUCCCCCAACAGCCCCACCGUUGACCGCAGUCGCACCGUGUCCUCCUCGAGCACGGGAGACACACCCAAAGUCAGGGCCAGAGCAGCAGAUCUGCUGAUAAACCCACUCGACCCGCGAAACGCCGAGUCUAUUCGGGUUAAGAUCGCUGAUCUUGGGAAUGCCUGCUGGGUGCACAAGCACUUUACAGAGGACAUCCAGACGAGACAGUACCGUUCCAUUGAAGUCCUGAUAGGAGCUGGUUACAGCACCCCUGCAGACAUCUGGAGUACUGCCUGUAUGACUUUUGAGCUCGCUACUGGAGAUUACUUGUUUGAGCCCCACUCUGGAGAGGACUACUCCCGUGAUGAGGGUGAGCUCCGGCACAUCACCAAGCUGAAGCCGUGGUCGCUGUUCGACGUGCUGGUGGAGAAGUACGGCUGGGCGCAGGAAGACGCCAGCAACUUCACGCACUUCCUGCUGCCCAUGCUGGAGAUGGUGCCCGAGAAGAGGGCCUCGGCGGGCGAAUGCCUCAACCACCCGUGGCUCAACUCGUAGCCACAAUCAGAAGGCCCUCCUCCCGGUGUCCCCCCGACAGUUAGCCCAACCAUCAGCCCCUGGUGGAGGGCAGCCCGCGGAGAAGCUGGAGACACAGUCGGAGUUGAUUGAGACGUUUUCUUUCCUGGCCCAAUCCCUCGCGUCCAUUACACGCGGAACACGGGUAGCUGUGUCAUCUCCCAAGAAUAAUGAAUAAAUGAAGAACAUUUCAAGAUGGAUGCUGCUCUUACUGAGAGACGAGCUUUUCCGCUGCCGUCGACGUGUCAACCGGCCCUUUAAUUUGACAUCUGCUGAUCUUUUAAACGACGCGAAGGAAAAGCCUACGAAGAGCUCUAUCUGCCGUGACCUUUACACAGCCAGGGCCUCAAAGACAGAACCCUACUGGGCUUUUUGUAGAGAGACAACGAGCGCUCGAGAUCUGCCUCCGUAGAUGCUUCUCCUCUCUGCAGCCCGGCUGCCCCCCCUCGCCUCCCUCACUGUGUUGUGGGAAGAGAGCACUUACAUCAGUCUAAAAGUUUACACCCUGAUUUUGUCCACAAAUGCCCCCCCCCCCCCCCCCCCCAAAAAAAGCCCCUCCUCACGUCUGGGCCACCCCCCUCCUUCCUUGGUGAACUGGAGGGCAGCCAGUCCUCCAGGGAGCACCACACCGACAAAGACCGACAGAAAAAAGUGCAGGAUGAGCAAAAAAAACCCUUAAAAAUACAUUCAUUUCACCAGGCGGGAGAAAAGUGCAUGAUGAGACGGAUGGACAAUGGUUGUUAUCUCUUCUGUCCCGCUGAGUCUUUUCCUUAUUUCAUCUGCUCAAUAGGACAUUCUGUUGGAACUGUGUAGAUAUUUCGGUGCCCCCCCCCCCCUGAGGAAGGCCAUUUAAAAACCACCGUUGACAUUCCUAAAUCCUGACUUUUAUUCCGGAGAACAAUUCCAUCGAGUUUCUUGUGGCACGUUUACCUGAUCUGAUUGGUACUAUUCCCCCCCCCCUCCCUCCCCCUCCCUUUGACUCCUGAGCUACUCCAGGAAGGGGGGUUGGUCACAUGGAGGCUGCACUUGUCUUUGUUGAUGCCCUUCAGGGAUUUGAAACCUUUGUACAUAACACUGAGAUCUUGUGAAUCAGAAAAGCGACCGUACACAAAGGUUCAACAUACAAGCAUCAUUCCAAAAAAAGAAAAAGAAAUCCCCCCCAGAGGAUGUUGUUGCCGUAUGUUCCUGUGAUACAGAUGUGAGGGGGGGGCGGCCAUAGCUCCCCUGGAGGGAUGUUCAGACUGAACUGUGCCACCCGGUGGCCGAGUGAGAGUACUGCACACACUGCUGCCGCUCUCAGUGCCACUAGUUCUCUCCACUUAAUCUGUUUCUGUCUCACACACACAGACACACACACACAAUGACACACAAAGCCGUGCAUCAUCACAAUUAGUCCAGUUGCCUAUUUUUCGCAAUAAAUGAAAAAAGAUAACUAUAAGUAAAUGGUGAGAUAUUUUUCAAAAGUAUUUAAUUCAUUAAAAAAAAGAAAACAACUUUUCUCUGGUUGUUGUGACCGUGGCAGAAUCUUGUCUUAUACUGAGGUGAUUGUGUUUGACUUUUAAAGUUUUUAUUUCUUUUGUUGUCAUUAUUAUUGAAAGAUUAGUUUUUUUACACAGCUGACACCUCUCCCCUCCCUCCUUACUUGAACAGUGCUGCUCUGUCUGGGUUCUUGAUGGCGAUAAAAAAUAUAUAUCUACAGUUUUGCAAUAAAGGGUACGUGAUGGGUUUUUUUUUUUUGCACCCGAGCCUCUUGAUCUCACUCUUUCAGCCAUGCUGACUGUUCUUCCUGAUGACAGAUACAGAAUCGCAUAUCUUGUCUGUGUUUUUCAUUGACAGAUUUAAUAAAAUUGUAAAUAAA